CGCUGGAAGGGCAGCGACACUGCUGCAGCAUCGCCCAGAUGCACGAGCACUACUCCCUGGGGUACCCCGACCUCGACGAGCUGCAGAAGAACCCGCAGCCCCUCAUCUUUGACAUCGAGGUGCUCAAGGUGGAGCCGCCUGGCUCCUACCAGCAGGACCCAUGGGCCAUGACGGAUGAGGAGAAGCUCCAGGCUGUGCCCCUGAUCCACAAGGAAGGCAACGAGCUGUACCGCCAGGGCAAGGUGCCCGAGGCAGCUGCCAAAUACUACGAUGCCAUCGCCUGCCUUAAGAACCUGCAGAUGAAGGAGCAGCCAGGCUCCCCGGACUGGAUCGAGCUGGACCAGAAGAUCACACCCCUGCUCUUAAACUACUGCCAGUGCAAGCUGCAGUGUGAGGAGUACUAUGAAGUGCUGGAUCACUGCUCCUCCAUCCUCAACAAGUAUGAGGACAACGUCAAAGCCUACUUCAAGCGGGGGAAGGCGCACGCAGCCGUGUGGAACGUGGCAGAGGCACAGGCUGACUUCGCCAAGGUGCUGUCCCUCGACCCCUCGCUGCGCACCGUGGUGUCCAAGGAGCUGCGGAGCCUGGAAGCACGGCUGCGGGAGAAGGACGCCGAGGACAAGAUCCGCUUCAAGGGCAUCUUCUCCCAGUAGAGCCCAGCGCCCGCGGGACAGGGCCUUUUAGAUAUUCCACAUGUGGAAUGGUCAUGGAUGUUUAUUAAUGUUUAAUACAGAUUUUACUUACGUGAAGGCAGUGGAAGUGCCCUGGAGCUCG